ACUGAGCGGAGGUACAUCCCCGAAAAUAAGGGCAGGUGGAGUCCUCCCAAGGACAGCAACUCGAGGCUCAUCAGCCAAUGAGCUUUGACCAGGAAGGAGACACACGCUCACGCGGAUAUUACGUACUUGGCUGCAGCACCAACGUGCUAACGGUAAAGGUGAGUGGAGACUUUUGUGAAAAACUAUUGUAACAGUCACUGAUUUCAGAAAACUCAAAAUACAACAUAUGGGAUUUUAUUUCUGUGAAACAUAACGCGCGCUGGUGUUGCUUUGUUGAAGCGGUACUGCCCAGAUAACACAAAGGUUGUCGGCUAGAAGCAAUUUAGUGAAUGACUUCUGGGCGGUUUACCUGUUGACCUGAGUUACAUAAUGUAAUAACCCGUAAAAUAUAGGAACUGUUCAGUAUUAUUCCAUAUUUCUAAAUGCUCACUCAUUCCCUGCUGCCUGCUAUCGGCUUUACCGUACUCUGUAAACAUUUCACCAAAGUCCCGCCAAACUCCAUUACGUAUUUGACAUUUUAAUUUUAUAACCUGUGUACAGAGCGAGCUAGACGACCUUAGACUUACAAAAUAGACCUACAAGAUCGAGAAGAAGUACUCUUUAAUUCGGCAUGCAAGUCACAGUGGACUGAGUACAAUUUUGUCAUGUAAAUGUAAGACAAUUGCAUUCCCUUUCAGGACGGGUGAUAGGCUAACACACAGCCAGAACAAACAGGUGUUGAUGACAGCAGACAAGGCCUUCAAAGAAGGGUUUAGGGGAUGUCUACCAAAACAUUUACCCUUUCUCAUGAAACUAGUUUAUCUACGUGAAGCAUUGUACAUAUUGACUUAAAAAAGAGUGCACCAAAUUCAUGAAUUUGUUAUGAGUUUCAUCAUUGUUGGUCUAAUACCCCAAUAGGGACUAAUGAAAAUAGUCAAUUUGUUGCACUUGUGAGAUAUGAGAGCAUGUUUGCUACUCUAAUACCAUUCACAUUACAUCUAUUGUUCACUGAUAUAAGCUUUAAUGUGUUCACUGCACCUGUGCUAAUAUUUGAAGUAUGUGUGAAACUUUAUUUUUUCAUCACAGUUUAUUCUGAGUUCAUGAGGGUUGAUUGUGAUCAGCUGGAAACUCCACCACUGUUGUGUUAAUGUGCUAAAAGAAACUUCGGGUCACCCCAUCGAGUUGAUAACCUGUUCUGUGAACCAGUCGGGCAUUUCUCAGGGCUAUCUGAGCUAGAUAACAUAAAUAAACCCUCAGUGUAUUCAAUCUGCUUCAUAGUAAGGGCUUCUUUUGUCCUCUGUGUGUCUUGAACUCUUAAAAAAGUUCCACACAACUCUGGGCAAAUAGUUUUUCUAAAAUCUCUAUUCAUCAAGUUGCAGCUGACUUUUUUGUGUGUAGUGAAAAGUUGAAUUUUAUUACUUAAAAUGCAAAAAGAAGGAACUUUUAACAGCAUGUUCUUUGUACUGAGAAUUUUAAUAGAAAGGAAGAAGUGUACUUAAAUUGAGCAGCCUUCAGUACAGUAUGUUGCAUUUUAAGAAACUGGUUCAACAAUCACAUUCAGCUUCAAACCACAAGGGGGAACCAGGUGACAAGAAAUUCUCACCAAAAGCUGUGAAGUGAGGAAGUAUGUUAAAAAUAUGUUUUUUUUUUAUCAGGUUCUGUCGUAACCUGUCUGUUCUUCCGUUUCCCAUAGUUACCAUACCACAAAUUAUAUUUACAUAUAUAUUUUUUUUAUUUCCCUAUCUGGAGUCUAGGAGCCAAAGCAGUGUGCAGUCAUGUGGCCUGUGGUGUGGACAGCGAUGCGAACCUAUGCCCCUUAUGUCACCUUCCCUGUGGCCUUUGUAGUAGGAGCAGUGGGCUACAGCUUGGAGUGGUUUGUCAGAGGGACCCCUAAACCUCGAGAGGAGAAGGGCAUCCUGGAGCUGAGGGAGGAGAGGAAGCUGCAGGAACAGAUCGGUACAGACAGCACCCAGGUUAUCAGCCUGAAAGACAAACUGGAGUUUGCACCUAAAGCAGCUCUGAACAGAAACCGACCUGAAAAGAGCUAACCCAUGUGGGUGAAAGAGACUUCUGUUUGAGAGGUGGCACACUGGAGUGGACGAGCCAGAGGAGGAGUCAAGUGCACGCUUUCCAUCACUUUAGCCAUACAUUGUCACUCCUCGGCACCAAGAGGCAUUAGCAUAUUAUAUCGAACUCCUUUUUCGACAAAGACGAUGAAACGGAACAAAUAAUUAACCUUUUAUUGACCCAGAUGUAAGUACUGUGUGUUAAAGCUUUCUUCUAUGUUGCUCUUGCCUGUUUGUGCACAUACCAAAAAGCAAGACACUAUUCUAGCUGUAUCAAAUAUCUGGGUGCCUGAAUUUGAACCUACCAGACUGGGUUUGGUCGAGAGAAGUCACUUCCUGGUACUGUUUAAAUCUAGUUGACACAAAAGUGUUGUCUCUGCUGUUAAAUCACACAAAUAUUGUUCUUUCGUCGGUUAUUAAAGCCUGUCACAAAAUGUUUCUCCUUUAAUCUUCUGUAAAUGUGAAGGAAGGAAGGACCUCUUAUUGUCAACAUCAAGGCAGAGAAAAUCAGUCGCGUCUGUGUUGUGUGUCCUUUGAUGGUAUGUGACAAUAAGCCGGCUGCAUGUGGGAGGUCUCUCAGGAAGUUUAAGCUGCUUACUCCUUUUGUCAGAAAACAUCCACACAUUACUUCUCAUUUUUCUAAGUCUGGAUGGUUUCAAAGUUAAUGUUUAAAUUAUGUGUGUUUUGAAAAAUGUGAUGAAUAAAGGAACUUUGUGUCUAUGACUACUCUUGUGAACUGAUCAGCAUUUUAAGGACGUUUUUGUCGUUUCAGUUUCCUUUUUUUACCACAAAUGCUUUCACUUUUAGGUCCAGGUUCACAUCAGAUGUCGCUCAGUUACGAAAUAACAUCCAAGGACAGAAAGUUACAUCAAAGUGAAAGGAAGGAAGCAAUGUGUGUGUGCUCAUUCUGCCGGAGAAGGAAAUUGUUUUCGAGGAAACACAGGAGACAAAUCCACGAUGAAUGGAGGAAAUUCAGCUUGUUCACAGUUUGGAAUGUGGCCUGUGAACAAAUAACUUUGUUCUGGGAAAAUAUGACUCAAAAAACAAGUCAGUUCAAAAUAUGUUAUAUUCCUCAGAGUGGGAUUCUCAUAUAUCUGCAGCUGAUCUCUGAACAAAAGCUCCUUAAAUCCAAAUUUUAAAAAAGUCAAACUUCUAAACAGACAGUAAAUUCAUGACUGAGUGUGGUUAGGGUGAGUCAUGUGCCCACUUCAAUUUCACAUAUGCUAUAAAAGUUUCUUUGGGUAUGAUCGUCUCUGUAAACAUCAGAUUGUGUUUGUCUGGUAUUGAAGACUUUUGGAGGGGAAGUUUUUGAAUGGUUUAAAGUGGGGUUUGUAAGAGGUACUUGUCAAUAGCAAAUGUAAAAGUAAACCCGCCUGCUGAACCCACUGUUAAAUUAAUUCGGUCAGUGAUGCACAAGUAACAUGACCUUUGUCCAGUGCAGUGAUCUGUUGUGAGUUUUGAUAUGGCUGGAUCUCAGUUUGAGGUGAUUUGAAGCAACAAAUAGUCAUUAUCAUUCAGCUGACUCAGUCUUGGUUUUGCAUGAUUGUUGUGCUCUGUCAACAUGUUUCUCUGACUCAUAAAAAUGUCCACGGUUACAGUAUGUCA